AUGGUUAGACCAAUCAAGACUGACAAGAGCAUUAUAAGUUAUCACCAAUUGCUAGGUGACCCUAGGAUGACAUGGAAAUGCCUCAUGUUUAUGAAUGAUGCCAUACCCAAGGCUAGGUCUAUGAUGUGGCUACAAGUUCAAAAUAAACUCCUCACAACUGACAGAAUUGCAAGAUGGAGAAUUGACAUGGAUACAAAAUUUACAUUGUAUCAGAACCAAGAUGAAACAAAUGAUCACCUUUUCGAGGAUUGUGAAUAUGCGCAGAGAGUAUGGACAAGGCUACUAAGAUGGCUCCACAAGCAAAUACCAACGACAACAUGCUGGGAUGAGUACUUAAGGUUCAUCAUUGAAAACUGCAAUGGAAGAACUCAAGCUGCCUAG